AUGGGAGCGGAACUAACAACACCAGUAGUAACAACACUGAUUCUGGUGGUGGCUAUAACCAAGACGGUGGAACAGGGGGCAGCGGCGAUGGAGGAGCAGGGGGUAGCGGCGAUGGAGGAGCAUGGGGUAGCGGCGAUGGAGGAGCAGGGGGCAGCGGCGAUGGUGGUUACCCCGGCGGCGGCGACGUGCGACAAGGCCCUGGGUCUCGCCCCUCCUCAGAAGACGAAUGUGCUUCUAUCGAUGCCGGACUUCAAUCCUGCCUCCCGCUACGCCACAUCUCAGAUAUCCUUCGAUGCGACGACGGGCGCCCCCCAGUGGACUCUCGUGAACAACGUGUCGCACGUCGCAAUGCUGUCGCCUGUUGAGGACCAGGGCGCGUGCGCCGCGUGCUGGGCGUUCGCGGCGGCGGCAGCGGUGGAAGCCGCGGUGGCGAUUUUCACCGCAACCACGCCCGCGCGCCUCUCACUCUCCGCGCAGCAGCUGCUGGACUGCGCGCCGGGCACGUGCAUGGGCGGGUACCCGGAGGACGCGCUGCAGUACAGCUCCACCUCCUUGCUCCGCCGCGCCUCGCAGUACCCCUAUGUCAUGGACAAGGGUGCCUGCCGCGGAGGGCUCCAGCAAGCACAGCACUCCGAACCCUCCGCUCUCCAGCCGUCUCACCGGCUCCCCAACCCACACGCCAUUCAUCUGCGCACUCUCCCCUCAUCCCCCUCCGCACCCGUCUCGCAGCAAGCGGCAUCGGCAGUGUCGCACUUCGAGCAGGUGGCGCUGGAGGGGUUGCUGGGGCUCAUGCUGGCCGUGCGACAGCAGCCCGUCGUCGUCUCCAUCAUCGCCUCCUCGCCUGACUUCGUCGCCUACAAGGCGGGCAUAUACAGCAACGCCACGUGCUUUUCCCCGAGCAACCCCGUUCUGGACCACGUGGUGCUCGUCGUCGGCUUCCGCUUCCUCUCCGCCACCUCCAACGAGAACUACUUCAUCAUCCGCAACAGCUGGGGCAGCACGUGGGGCGAGAGCGGCCACAUGCGCAUCGCCAUGACCUCUGCGUACGGCGGCAUGUGCGGCAUGACAUACCAGCGCGGGCUGUACCCCACCAUUAAAGCGAGCCUGAUUCAGGAUCCGUGCAAGCUGGCGGUGUGUGGGGGUGGCACGUGCACGAGGACGGGGGUGGGCCGAUACACAUGUGACUGCCCGAGCACCAAGGGGCUGCUCAAGGGGGAGAAUAAGGACGGCUCUGAGACCUGCAUUAUCAGGAGCAAGUGCUCGCUGUUUGCGAGCAACCCGUGUGGCGUGGGAGAGUGUGUGGACGGGAGCUCGGGAGAAAUCUCCUGCGUGUGCCCGCCAGACUCCACCUCCAGCCAGCUCGCCUGCGGCCAGCCCACCUGUGUACCGGCAGGAGUGGUGGCCGGGCAGGCGGGAGGCGGGCAGGGUGGGAGCGGGCAGGAGUACGAGGCUCGGGAGGGCGACACGUGCAAUGCCAUCUACGUGCUCUUCGGCCUCACAGAGGCGCAGUUCACCUCCCAGAACCCGGGCGUGGAGUGCAACCCUCUCAAGCCCGGCACUCGCCUGCGCCUCACUCCACCAGACACCACCGGCACAUGCACCACCCGAUACCCCGUCUCCAAGGCGGACAGCCUGACAGGAAGCUGUGAUGACAUCAACAACAGGUUCGGCAUCCGAAUCACGGACCUCAACCCAGGAUUGGACUGCACGAACCUGCAACCAGGACAGCAGCUGUGCAUUGAGUGGAACAGUGUGACGGGCGGCGGCGGAGGAGGCGCAGGCGCGUACCAGCAGUGCACGCAGUACCAUGCAGUGGGCCCCACCGACACCUGCGACAGCAUCUUGCAGGCCAACCCCUCGCUCUCCUGGCGCUUGCUGUACCGCCUCAACCCCGGUCUGCUCUGUGAUAACCUCAACCCACUGCGGAACCAGGAGGUCUGUGUGGGCGCAACUCCCCUGGGAGCUAUCGUGUGCGAUGCACGUCGGAGCCGCAAGUACACUGUGGAAGACGGGGACAGCUGCCCCACUCUUGAAGCUGCACGCAAAUAA